AAGGCACCAACAAUGGUUAUUCAAGAAACUAAUAUACACAAAGUAUAGCAUUAAAAAGGAAAGAAAAACGAUUAACAAACAGUGAAACGUGAAAAAUAGACACAAAAUGUGAAAAAAUGACAAAUCCUGCACUGUAUCUGGAAAAGGUGGGGUCAUCUUAAAAUUUAAUUUAAUUUAUUCAAUAGAAAAACUAUUGCUGAAUAGAGCAAACCGUGUUAUUUGCAAGUUUUUGACUCUUAAUCGGGAGUUUAUAUUUGUUCAGUCAUUUGUUACAUGGUUUAGCUUUAAAAUAUCCACAUUUAUGAAUAAAAUAUCUCCCUAAUAACAACACAGUACUGAUAACAGACUCCAAAUUUAGAUUUGCAAUACAUAUCCAUAAAUUUAAUUACAGUGACUGCUAAAUGUGGUAACCGAAUCCCUCUGGACUGUAGCCAGCUACACGUGUCAUUCCAGCUUGCCCCCCGACUCACAAUGGAAAAACAAGUGAUCCAGACUUUCAAUAUCAUUUUCACAGAUUAUACACGUGCUCCCAUCUAGAUUACAUUUUCAUUUUAGGAAUUUAUUGAUUCGGUACAUCUCAUUUACGACUUUGGACUUUACUUCUUUUACUCUAGGUUGAAUGGGAAGUAAAUAUAUCUAUUCUUCGUAUAAACUUAAUUUCCUCACUCUCGAAUUUUUUCAUAACAUAGUUUUUUGUUAAACGAUAGCUGGUGGAACUGACGCAGGUGAACCUGAACGUACCACACGGAUAUCCAGCGUCUGCCGGAAGUAAACAAUCCUCAGCUGACGUGGAGCAUACACCGUCAGACUAAGUCACAGAACAGGAUUUAAACUCACCAGUAACAGCUGCUCUGUCUGCUUUUUUUUUUCUUUUAAAGAAGUUUACUGAAGUUUUCUGACUAAUCUCCCAGAAGCUUUGACGACGUUUUCACAAAGCUUCUCGGCGAGGUAAGAUGGCGGCAUCGGAGGAGGCCAGCAGACCGUUCGCCGGGCUGUCAGACGUUUCCAUCUCGGAGGACAUCCCGGUGGAAGGGGACAUCUCGGUGCCCGUCGGCCCCUCCAGGAGAGAUGAUGAAUUCUCCACUCUGGACGAACCGGUUAAGGACACAAUCAUGAGGGACCUGCGGGCGGUGGGGAACAAGUUCAUCCACGUCCUCUACCCGAAGCGGAGCUCGGCUCUGCUGCGGGACUGGGACCUGUGGGGCCCGCUGCUGCUUUGCGUGACGCUGGCUCUGCUGCUGCAGGGCGGUGCGGCCGACCACGAGGACCAGGGAGGACCGCAGUUCGCUGAGGUCUUCGUCAUCGUGUGGUUUGGCUCCAUCAUCAUCACCCUCAACUCCAAGCUGCUGGGUGGCACCAUCUCUUUCUUUCAGAGCCUGUGCGUGUUGGGAUAUUGCAUCAUGCCUCUUACAGUGGCCAUGGUUGUGUGUAGGAUUGUCCUGCUCGUCAGCUCUGGGGUGAUCAUAUUCGCAGUGCGGCUGGUGGUGGUCAUGGCCUCCUUCGGCUGGUCGACUUUUGCAUCCACAGCCUUCCUCGCCGACAGCCAGCCUCCCAACCGCAAGGCACUGGUGGUGUACCCGGUGUUCCUCUUCUACUUUGUGAUUGCGUGGAUGGUCUUGACAUACUCACCGUGACAGUAGGCGAAGGUUUUCUUGGAACGUCCACAACCGUAGACGGAUACCAGAAUCUGCCUUUGAACAAAGAUGAAUAACUACUGAACUGACUGUGCAAUUCUGAAACAGCAUUUAGACAUGACGGACAACAAAUUUAGGACUCUUUCAGGAGUAGUGGGGAAUGUUGGGCUGCAGAGUGGAAAAGCUGAUGAAUAUGUUCUUAUUUUUCCAGUUUGUCUCGCUGAUGUGUUUAUGUUGUGUAAAAAGAAAAAACGUGUAUGUGGAAAUACUUCAUGAAUGUUUGGACUACCAGGGCUACAAUGGUUAUUUUUCUUUCUCUCUUGAUCUCUCUGGGUGUGAUCGAAAUCUCCUGUCUUAAGAACAUGGACAGCACACAUUUUCACACUAAAUUCCUUUUUAACAACGUUUAGCUGAUCUGAUUAUGCAGCUUGACUAAUUCCUUCAUGAAGUCUUCUUUUAUUUUAUUUUUGUAUUUUGUUGGGUUUUGUCUCAGUGGACAGUGAAGAGGUGACAUGGAUGAUUACAGGUAGACUGGCUUGAGCUUUUUGUGUGUUUUUUUUUUUUUUUUUCCAUCAAUGUUUUCUCUUUGAAACCGUGCAAAGCAAACCAUAAAAAUGGCAGAUCCAGCUUUAUUACUGACAGUUACAGUGAGUUAAGGAUACAGUUAUUUAACAGUUGAGUAAAAGUGAUAGACAGUGGUUUAUCAGCUAUAAAUAAAGACAACUACAUGAUAAAAUCUCUGCCCACGUCUUAGAUUUUUUAGUAGUAAGCAGGUAUUUCCUGUGAAACAGGCAUGAUGAUAAGUGUGGAAGACCAUGUAUGCCAAUAGAAAAGAAGCUGUUGUAAACUUAAGUGAAAUAAUAAAGUAAUUAAUUUACUUGA